GUGCAACUGAAGAACCCUGCAGCCUCACUUCAUACAGUGUUUGUAUAAAAAGUUGUUUUUACCUCGUAGAGAGAGAAGAGGAGUUGGUGUACUUGUGUUUAUGUUUGCAGCAGCAUGUCUGAAUAUCCGACAUUCCAGCAUGGCAAGUCUCGUUUCGACCAGAGCACAUUUUCUGGACGGUUCAGGCACUUCCUGGAUGUGAUCGACCCCAGCACGCUCUUCGUGUCAGAGAAACGACUGCAAGAAUGUGUGAAGCUGCUCGACCAAUUCAAACAAGGAGCUCUGCCUCCAGGAGUCACAGAUGCUCAGCUUUGGCAAGCUCAAAAAAUCCAGCAGGCCAUCAUCCACCCUGACACGGGGGAGAAGAUCCUCAUGCCCUUUCGGAUGUCAGGUUUUAUUCCCUUUGGCACACCAGUGGUUAUCGGUCUUCUUCUACCCAAUCAAACGUUGGUGUCAACGGUCUUUUGGCAGUGGUUAAACCAGAGUCACAACGCCUGUGUCAACUACUCCAACCGCAACGCCUCAAAGCCGGCUCCAGUUUCCAAAUUCUUCCAGGGAUACCUCGGAGCGGUGACCAGCGCUGUCUCCAUCGCUGUCGGGUUGAACGUGUUAGUCCAGAAAGCCAGCCGCUUCAGCCCGACGACCCGGCUGGUGGUGCAGAGGUUCAUCCCCUUCCCUGCAGUGGCGAGUGCAAACGUCUGCAACGUGGUGCUCAUGAGACACUCGGAGCUGUCGGAGGGCAUCAGUGUGCUCGACGACAAUGGGAACGUGGUGGGAACGUCCAAAGUGGCCGCCAUGCAUGCUCUUUUAGAAACCGCUCUGACCAGAGUGGUCCUCCCCAUGCCCAUCCUGGUCUUACCUCCUGUGAUCAUGACUGCACUGGAAAAGCUUCCUCUCCUGCAGAGACAACGGAGGCUCGUCCUGCCCAUCCACAGCCUGGUGGUCCUCGCUGCCUUCGGCCUGGCUCUGCCCCUCGCCAUCAGUCUCUUCCCACAGAUGUCCCAGAUCAGUGUGAACGAUCUGGAGCCAGAGAUCGCCAUGGCAACCGACUGUAAGAUUGUGACAUACAACAAAGGUCUGUGAGUGAUCUCUGCCCGGCCGACACAUGAAGACGGGACCCCGCUGCUCGUCGCUGUGCAGACCCCCGCUGCGGCUGCCAGAGGAUGAAGGAUGAUAAAUGUGUCUGUGAGCAGUUAGCAUAUGUUUACAGGAAAGGGUUCAUCAUGACAGUACAUUUUGUUUACUUAGAAAUCAUCACACAGGAUGACAUGCUGUAUAUAGAGCUGUAGAUAUAAAACUGACACCUGACAAAGAAUGAAAACCAAAUACCUGCGGCCCUCAAAAAAAAGAUUUAUAAAUGACUUUGUUUGUUCCAUCUUGCUUGUGUGCUAAAGAUGCUAACAGCUGGAGGACUAAGGCCGACCUGUUCGGUUCGGUUAAAGGGAACUUGAGUCCGUUUGCCAAGUUAGUGCCGCUCGUUUGCGCUGGUGUGAAAGCUGUCAAUCAAACUCUGGUGUGGACCAAACAACUGUACAGAGACCGCUUUAAAAAGAAAGUGUGACUCUGUUUACUUUCUAGUUUAAAACCUGCUGCGUUCACACAUCAGCUCAUCUCGACCUCACUGACUUUUUUUUAGGAGGAUGACAGGUUCAAGUCUGCAGGUUGAUUGUUUGUGUUCACAGCCCUUCUGGACAAUGGCAUAAAAUCAAUUCAUGAUUGUAGUUCACAUAUUAUACUCCAUGAUCUUCAGCUUUUUAUUUUAAGCUGAAUACUGAUACAGGUUUUAUUUUAUUGUGUAUCAGGGACCGUUAAAUUUGCACUGAUGCACAGACUGUUGUCACGGUGAUUUCUGACUUUUUGUGCAGAUAGUCAGGAGAAAAGUCCUGCAGUCUGUGAAUCUGCUUGUGCCAAUACAACCAAAAUAUCAAUCAUGCCAGAAAAUCAUACUACCUGGCGGGACCAGCUGAUUGGACCAUAAUUUGGCUGUCAUGCCUCAGUGUACAUUGCACCGCUGACGAUGUUACCGUCGGGCUGAAGUUCGGCCAAGACGAAGCAGGAAGUACCUGAAUGAAUGUGAUUAGGAUUGAAUGUGUUGAUAAUGUGAAUUCAGUUUAAAUAAUUAAACUGAACUUUUUUUCUAUAUGUGAUAUAAUGCAUAGAUUGAAUUAGUUAUUAUUAUUAGGUUUUAUUAGAAAGAGGCUAAAGAAGAGUCAGGCACAUUCUCAUACUUUUCUUAAUCUGGAUUGUUGUUGUAAUCUGUUUCACAAUCUGAGCGUGUGUAAACAAAACCUUACUCUUAUGUCAACCACCUCGUCGUUCCUUUUACUAAAAAAAGAAUCCAUUGAAACUCA